UUUGAUGUUGUUGCCUCUCAACCGAUGCCGCGUCCAUACAUGUAAAGUUUCUCCCUCGCUAUGUCUAAAACAUCAUCAACAUUUGGCAAAGAGAAGGGUCCAAAGUCUUCACCGAAAUACUUAGGAGGUUUGUAAGCUUCGUCUUUAUCGGAAAAAGGGGAUCAUUUGCCUGUAUAUGUUUGCAAUCCUUGCAUUUCAACACUGAUAGAAGAUCAGCACUUUUGACAUUUAGGUGCAUAACAUAGUCGUGUGUGUCUGCAUCUAUCUCAUAUAUUUUUGAGGGGAGCUGAUAAGUAGGGUAUAUGUCAUUAUUUUGCAUUUUGCAAAACUUGCAUCAAAUUGAGUGUUAUAGAGGAGCAGCACAUAUACAUUGUCUAGCACAGUUCUUAGUUUCUGGGGGAAAAAAACAUUGCAUGCUUAGCUACUAUCUGAAGAGUCAGUGACCUAAUUAACCAUGACUGAGACAGGGAGAAUUAGUGAACCUAUAGGUUCUCAGGGACCCGAUGUCCUAGAGUGGAGCAGAUCACUUCGAAGCCCCUCACCUACCCAUCACAGUCAUCAGAAUCUGAGAUCGCGUAGUCCAUCGCCUUCUAGAGUCACCAGUGCUCGCUCUCAUACAAAAAAAGAGGAUGGAAAUGAAAGUGCCUAUUUGACGGAGGUCCAGCAGUCCUUGCCCACCAUGUCCAGUUCCAGUAAGAAAGCCCACAAGUCCAGUAACAGCCUGAGGAAGAGCACUGGGUCACUAGCAGCCUCCCUGGGGGGAUCAGGAAAUCUUAAGACCCUGAAAAGUUCUACUCUAGAAAACAUAGAGGGAGAGUACAUCAAGAAUCUUCAGCAGCAAAUCUACUUUUUAGAACUGGAGUCAAACUACUUACGGGAGCAGGUGAAGAAAGCAACGGAGAUGCACCCCAAAAUGACUGCCGAGGCAGAGAGAAUGCUGGCUAAACUCAGGCAAAUGCAGCUGGAGAUAGACGACCUUCAGUUAGAGGUCAAGAGGAAGGAGACCGACAUUGCUCUUCUGAAAACGGAGAAAGAGAAGUUGAUGGAGAGAGUGAGGGAUGAAGAAGCCUCUAGGACGAGAGACAAAAGGAUGCUGAUGGAUGAAAUAGUACAAUUAAAGAAAGACAAAGAUGUCAUGGAAAGAGAAAUCUCUAAGCGAGAUUCCCAGCUUAUGGACGCCAAAUCUGAACUAGACAAGAGUGCAACAGCACUGAAAAAUGCUGACCUCAAAAUGGAAACCCUAAGAUCUCAGCUGGAACAACGAAUUGAGGCUCACAAUCUGGCCCAGAUCACAGUGGAUGAGAAGCGCUCGGAGCUGAUGAGCAUGGAGACUCAGCUGAGAGAGGUGGAGGACAAGUACUACAACCAAUCACUGCAGCUCCAGGACAAGGUCACCAGUGAUCUCAAGGAAGAAAUACAGCUAUUGAGACAGAAGUUGAAGGAGACAGAAAUGGCGGCGGACCAGGACCGCUUCCUGAAAGUCAAACUGUCUGAGGACAGUACAAACCUCGCCCGAGAAAACGCAGCACUGACCCAGCAGAUGAUGGACCUCAAAAAGCAGCUGGACAGGGAGAAAGCUUAUAGAGAGGCUACGGAAUCUCGACAGAAUCAGAGCAUUGCUGAGUAUGUUCAGAUCAAGGAUCGCGAGAAGGAAGCGAGGUUUGAAUUACAGCACACUCAGGAACAGCUGAAGAAGGAGCAGGAGAAGACCAGGAACCUGAUGGAGAAGUUGUCUAAAUAUGAGUCUGUGUCUACGACACGUGACUUGGAGCUGAACACGAGUCGUAGUCGAGUGGCUGAGUUAGAGAGCCUACACAGCAGUGUGGACAAAGAGAACAUGCAGCUACGCAAGGACAAAGUACUGCUGGUGGACCACGUGUCAGAGCUCCAGAGAAAGAUUGAGCAGAAGGACCAAGAGAUCGUGUUGCUGAGGUCCCAGGUUCAGACAAUGGAGUCCAAACUCAAAGACCUCGAGCACCUGAACUCGCUUGAGUCGACCGUCCAGAGCCAGAAGUGGGAGGAGUUUGAGAAGCUCGCUGAGAACAUGAGGACCCUGUCUCACUCCAUGGCCCACCCACCCCUCUCCAACUCCAGGGUUAUGCAGUACUAAGGUCAAGGGUCAUAGGACAAAGGUCAUGGGUCACAGUAAAGAGGUUGUAGGUCACACAGAGAGUUCCUUAUUAUGUAUUUGUUCUGUUGGAUUUUAAGUUGUUAGAAUAGGGUUAUAUAUUUGACAAAAUAUGAUUGAUUGCUUACAUCUGCUUGAAUGGUAAUUAAAAUUGUUAAUAACCAAAAUUAAGAAUGUGGUUUUCAAAUGAUAAUUUAUUUUAAAAAAUUAUUUAAUGUAGUUCUUUUAGAUUAAAAUUUGAAAUGUUGUAAGAGAAAUGAUAAGCAAUGAGUUUGAAGAAUCAGUCAGGUUGGUUCAAUAUAUUGAAUACCAUAGGAACGAAACAGGAACAUCUUAGGAUAGAUAUCUAUAGUUUAUUUAAGUUAUAACAGAGUCUUGUUAAAAACAAACAAUAGUAUGUAGAAGAGAGUAGAGAGAUCAAAUCUGGCACAUAUUUUAAUAUCUACUAAUAGUGAUAUACUCGGUACUUUGUGUUUAUUUAUACAUUGUACAAAGCCGCCCACUAAAGUCUGAUAAUCGGUAUUUCUGCAUCCAUUGUUAAUUUACGGGUCUUCUUAUAUAGAAAUCUCCCUGAUGUUUGUUUGAAAUGAUUGGUUACCGUUAUACGGAUCACAUGACUAAAUUUGAUCACAUGGAAUGAUUUGGAUAAAAUGAUUGGUUACCGUUAGAUGUACCACGUGACCGAUCACCAUGACGUCACUGCCAAGAAAGAUCCUGUCAUUCACAUUCAGAGGAUGCAUCAAAGUUAAACAUUGAUGGAACAAAUAAACAUUUAACACAAAUUAUUAUUGACUUUUGAGCGUAAAUGAAUUUUAAUUUUUUUUUUGUUAGUUUUAAUUAACAUUUUACAUGUAUUGAUUUUAAUUAUGAUAAUUUUUUGUUUCUUUCUGUGAUAGUUACCAGUAAUCAUACGAUAUAUGUAAAUCCGUCCAUGUUGUUACCACUACGAAUUCAUCAUAUAUAUAUUUAUGGCUUUUUGAACAAGCGUGAAGAGAUAGUUACAAUAAAGGAAGAAAAUUAAA